AUGGAGGAAAUGAAGACACCAAUAAACAUAUCAGCAGACAGCAGUUGGUUAUCUGAUUUGGAAAUGGUGGAUGAAUACAUACUAUAUGAUAAGGACCGCAACUUGAACUCGAACUCGAACUUGCUUGAUCUUGAUGAAGAAGAAGAGUUUCUAUCGCAUGAUAUAGCUAGUGUCUUUGCCUUUGAGGAGCAUAGAGAGAGCCUGCAACAAUGUUUAAAUACAGAAUGCAUUUCCACAACUCUGAGCGAAACAUUUACAGAUGAAACGAGUUUUGAGUCUUUUGAUAACUUUGAUUUUGAUUUUGAGAAACCAACUAAACAGAUGAAAACAAUUGAUCACAGUGCUACUUCACUAUCCUCUUAUCAUUUGCCUCCGAUCUUGUCUUUUGACAAUCCAAACCCAACUGAAUUUUAUAGGUAUGAUCUAAAACAGACAGAAACAGUGACGAAGUCACUGGGAAACACAAAUUUUUUAACUCAAAAUUCCAAAGGGUCUUCAAAAACAUCACGAGCUAAGAGGUCUCCAGCUGACAUAAAGGAUCACAUUAUGGCGGAGAGAAAGAGAAGAGAGAAGCUCAGCCAAAGCUUCAUUGCUCUUGCUGCUCUCAUUCCGGACUUAAAGAAGAUGGACAAGGCUUCGAUAUUAGCAGAGACGAUCAAAUACGUCAAAGAGCUUAAGGAGCGUUUGGAGAUUUUAGAAACGAAGGGGAAGAAACCAAAGGCAGAUCAGUCUACGGUAACUCCGAGUCCAAUAAAACCAGAGGUCUAUAACAACAAGCAUUGCUCAUCAUCUGAUGAGAGUACUGAAACUGAAACUGCUGUUGAAGGUACUUCCACUGAAUCUCUCUUCAAGAUGGAAGCAAGAGUUUUAGAGCAACACAUGUUGAUUCGGAUCCAUUGCCAAAAGCAUAAAGGGUUUCUUGUUAAAAUCAUCGCCGAGAUUCAAAGUUUUGAAUUGUUUGUUGUCAAUAACAGUGUUCUAGCUUUUGGUGAUUCUAUCCUCGACAUUACCAUCAUUGCUGAGAUUGGUGAAGGCUACAACUUGACUAUAAAAGAACUCGUCCACAAUCUACGUAUGGCGGCAUUGAAGUUUAUGUCAGCGUAA